AAGCUUUCUUUGUCGCGGCCAAGCUGGUCACACUACAAAAGCACUGAUUCACUUGGUUUGUUUGUUUUAGCUGCGAUUUCUUGAUAUGGUCUUGGAGAAUUAAAAGGAACAACAGGUGAUCAAGAUGUCAGAGGUGCGCAUUAGACCGCGCCAGGUGCUGGUGUUGAUCAUAGUGUUCCUGGUGGUGCUGAUGAUGGUCCACAGGAACGGGAAGCGCACCUGCCAGGGCCCGGACUAUCUGCAGGCCAUCUACGCACAACAGCAGGCGGACACGUUGCCCACUAUUUACGCCAUAACGCCGACCUAUUACCGUCCCGCCCAGAAAGCAGAGCUAACCAGGCUAUCCCACUUGUUUAUGCUGCUGCCCCACCUUCACUGGAUCAUUGUGGAGGACUCCAACACCACAACGCCACUGGUUAAGAAUCUGUUGCAGCGCGCCGGCCUGGAGAAACGUUCCACGCAGCUGAACAUCAAGACGCCGCCGGAAUUUAAGCUGCAGGGCAAGGAUCCCAAUUGGAUCAAGCCGCGGGGCGUGGAGCAGCGCAACCUGGCGCUCUCCUGGCUGCGCAGCCACGUCGACGUGGACCGGCACUCCAUAGUGUUCUUCAUGGACGACGACAACUCCUACUCCACGGAACUGUUCGCCGAGAUCAGCAAGAUCCAGCGCGGCCGGGUCGGUGUUUGGCCCGUGGGCUUGGUCGGCGGACUGAUGGUGGAAAAGCCGAUCCUCAACGAGGAUGGCACCCAAGUGACGGGCUUCAAUGCCGCCUGGCGACCCGAGCGUCCCUUCCCCAUCGACAUGGCCGCCUUUGCCAUCAGCAUGGACCUGUUCAUCCGGAAUCCGCAGGCUAUCUUCUCGUACGAGGUGCAGCGCGGCUACCAGGAGAGCGAGAUCCUGCGGCACCUCACCACACGAGAUCAGCUGCAGCCGUUAGCCAAUGCUUGCCGGGAUGUGCUCGUCUGGCACACCCGCACCGAGAAGACCAAACUAACCGCCGAGGUGGCCCUGCAGAAGCAGAACAAGCACUCUGACGCCGGCAUGGAGGUGUAACCGGGACGCCUCAACGAUCCUCUGCGAUCCCUGCUAGCUGUAUAUACAUAGCCGCCUCGACUUCUCAGCCCUCCAGUUAAGAACUUAGUGAAUUUACUUAAUGUGUUCGUCUCCGCACUAUUUUGGAGUGUCGAUCGAUCCAAUCCGCCAGAGAAUUUAGCAACUACUGAGCAAAAAGUGCAAUAACUAUAUAUCCUAAGUAAAAAAUUACUAUUUUGACUAUACUUUAUGUGAGUUGUUCGAUUGCCUGGCUGGAAUAUCCAAAAAAGACACUCCUACUAUGUAUUAGCCAGAGUUUCCUCAUUUGUAUUCUAAUAGUUGUACGAUGCUCAAAUCAAAGUUGUAACAUAUCUGUGUAAAGUAUUUAAGAACGGUAGGGAGGAUUCCUUUGAAGCGUUAUUCAGAUGCACCCCAAAUAAGUUAACUUAAUUUCCUCCUUUGUAUUGGUUUUAAAGCUUUUAUGUCAAAUACUCAAAUACUUGUCAAAAGAUUAAGUCUAGACUCUGUAGAGCUUGCCCAGUUCUUCCCUCCAACUGUAAGCUUCCCAAUUGUGCCUCCUGUUCUAAGCAAAUAAAACGAAUUUUCGUUGAAAAUUAA